AAAACAUUAAAAGCCCAACAAAACAUCUCUUCUCCCUUGCCGCCGCUGAACACCAGCUUCCCGCUAUCUCCCUCAUUUCCCGACGCCGGCGCUUCUUUAUCACCGGCCUCCUCUCUCGACCGCCCUGCCUUGCUGCUGUAUAAAUCCGGGUGAAACUCAGCCAUUUUCCACUCAAAGGUUCCUAAAUGUUUUUCCUGAGUGAAAUAGAGCACACUUUGAUGUUGCCUCCUCACCUCCUCAAUCGACCCCUCGAUGAAGCCAUUAAAGAGCAGCUCGACUUAAUCUUCCUCGAUAAGGUUAUUGAUAAACAGGGCUUAUGUGUAAGUGUGUACGAUAUUCGCUCAAUUAGUGGCGGAUUCAUACUUCCUGGUGAUGGGGCUUCAACUUACACGGUGAAGUUUAGGCUGGUAAUGUUUCGUCCGUUUGUGGGAGAGAUCAUAACAGCUCGGCUUAAAGAAUCUACGGUGGAUGGUUUACGAUUGUCGCUUGGGUUUUUUGAUGAUAUAUAUGUACCUGUCCCUUUUUUGUUCUCUCCUAACCGCAAUGAACCAGUCCCAGGACACAGGAAUAGGGUUAAUUGGAUCUGGAAUUAUAUGGAUGAGGAUUACUCAGUGGAUGCAGAGGAUGAGAUAAUGUUUAAAGUUCAUGAUGUGAGCUAUCCGCCUAUACCUUUAGAGCCGAAAGAUGUCAAGCCAUUUGCCCCCAUGGUGGUCACUGGUUCUCUUGAUAUGGAUGGUUUAGGCCCUACUUCAUGGUGGGGGUGAUUUGGGAGUGAAACACUUGGACUGUGGGGAAGGAAGUAUUGUGUAAUUGAGUAGGUAGUACCAAUUAGGAAUUUUUUUCUUUGCUAGUUAUGUUGUCUUAACAAAUUCAAGUAUUGGAGUAUGAAAAUUUUAUUUUUGGCGGUUUGGUGAAAGUGUUAGAUAUCAGGUAGCAGUAUUUUUUUGUUUUAAGGUGAAAUUUUAUUUUCAAAUAUAUACAACCCUCAGAUUUUCAGAUAAAAA